UUAACCAGAGGAAGACGACCUGGCAGAGGAGCAGGAGCAAGUUUUUCAAGCCAACACUUUUGAAGGCUUCGCACUCAAACCAAACCGCGAGCAAGAAACCACGAUGACAACCUCUCUCCCUCUCCUCCUCCUCCUCUCUCUCCUCCUCCUCCUCCUCUCUCCCUCGUCCCAGUCGUCCGACCUCACUAACCUGACUCGACCCGUCUCCAGGGCCCACGCGGAGCUAACCACCUACGGCUUCCCGAUCGGCCUCCUGCCCGCCGACGUCCGGGCCUACUCCAUCAACGCCACGUCCGGCGACUUCUACGUCGACCUCCACGGCCCGUGCAGGCUCACGCUCCCUCCCGACAACUACUUGGCCACCUAUUCGGAGAAGAUCACGGGGAAGAUCGUGAGGGGCCGGAUCGCCAAGCUGGAGGGGAUCCGGGUCAGGGCCUUCUUCAGGUGGUGGUCGAUCACCGGGAUUAAGUCGAGCGGCGAGAACUUGGUCUUUGAGGUCGGCGGCGUCAGCGCCAAGUAUCCCUCCAACAAUUUCGACGAGAUCCCUGCUUGCGGAGGAGGAAAGCGAGCUUCUUCUUGAGUUAAUAUCAGCAUGACAUUUGGAGUGAGAAAAUCUUAUGGCUAGGAAUGUCAUAUGGCUUUCACAUGGUCUGAUUUUUUAAACUUUUGCUGAAUGCAAUAUGCUAUCAUCGGCUUGUGCGCAUGUUUUUGCAAAGAAUCAGCUGUUAUCUGUUGCAGCCUUAGCAUGUCUCAAGUCUCCCUUAGGUUUUGAGUGUGUCUCCUCUCUACUUGUGGUCUUUAGCCUUACAAAGUCUUGCUCAUGUUUGACUUUAUUUUUCUGUAGUCCCUUCUUAUCAAAUCCUUUCACUUCCUUCCACUUCAUUUUUCAACACCAGAACAUAAGUCUGCUCCAUCAUGGGCUAUCACCUUAAGAAGAGAUGCACUGUUAGAAAGAUGCCCAUUCAUGUUCUUUUACCUUAUUGCUGAAAGUCCUUAAUAGCAUUCUCUCGACCUUAUAUCUGCUUUUACUCAUUUAAAACUUCGACCAUAAUUCCCUUGGGCCUUCAUUUUUCUAUGGCUGAGGAUUGCAUAGGAAUUAUUCUUUUUCUCGUAUUGUGUGAG